CCACUUCACUCUCUCUAUAACUAUCCAUAUCACUCUUACUUUACUUAAAACACAAACAAGCACACCCACACCCCUCACCAGCAACCCACACCAACACCCACACCCACAGCCACAGCCACAGCCACACCCAUACCCAUACCCACACCCACACCCACACCGACACCGACACCCACACCCACACCCACACCCACACCCACACCCACACCCACGCCCACACCCACAUCUACACGGUCAAAGGUUAUUAUUGUUAUAUAUUUAACCCUGGAUAUGAUUUAUUUAAAUUUUAGGAAAAAAAAAGAUUAUUCAAAAUUAUUGUUUUCUCAAUAUUUAACGAUGGAUGUGAUGAAGAAAAAUUCCAGACAUAACAUCUAGACGGUCAAAGCUUAUUAUUGAUAUAUAUAUAACUCUGGAUAUCACUGAUUUCAAUUUCAGAAAAAAAAAAUUAACCCCUGGUUAUACACUAGUAUGAUGUGAUAUUAUGCGGACGUCCUGGGUGUACAUCUAUAGUUCAAGUAUGACGUGGUCAACCAUAUCAUGUCGUGGAAUGUAUUAUGCCGUGGUAUGUCCCUCUCUCUUUUUCUCUCUAUCUCUAUGCUGUAGUCUGUCCUACGAGAGAGAUCACUUUCUCUCGCCUCGACUAUAAAUAGAGCGAAUUUUCAUAGAUUGCAUUCAUUCGAAGAUAUUCGCAACAGCGAUAACAUCAACUAUUCUACUAAUCUUAUCACUGGGACGAACAACUGUAUUCACUGUUAUGAUUCAUGAUCAGGUCUGUUAAUAUAUUUACAUGUUAUCUGCUUUUACUUCACUAAAAUAUUUUCUUACAGAUACUAUGGAACCAACGGCAUUAAAUUAUUCUUCAACUAUACAAGCAAGUAAACGUCUGAUCUUUUCUUUUAUAUUAAUAUGUAUAUAUAUAUUUCUACUGUAUGUAUGCGUCAUAUAUGAAAUUCGAUUUCUUUCUUAUUUUUUUUUAUCAUUAUCUGCUAACACACCAUAUAGUUGGAGAAUCUCUUAUUCAAAAUUAUUGGAAGUUUUCUUUUAUAACUUUCUAAUAAUAGAAUAUUAUGUCUUCUUAUAGAUUCAGAGUUCUUAAUAACUCUUGACUUUAGUUGUACAUAGUUGGAGAAAAAUUAUAUAUAUUUUUACAUCUAUUAUCUUAAGCAAUUGAUAAUUGACCACCUUAGCUCUGGUCGAAACACCUGUCUUGCUAGCUUUUGAUAGAUUCAUAUUUUGAACCACCUAUCUUUAAACACACCCUAUUAUAUGAGAAUCUCUUUCGAAAAUUUGUUGGGUUUUAAUUAUUUAUAUUAUUUAUCCGAUAAAUAUUCAUUUGUGAAACACAUUAGCUUGGAAGUUAUCUAUGACUUUUAACUAUAUUAUUUGCAGUAGGAGAGUUAUUACUUUGAGUAACAUCAUAUAAUCAAUCUAAAGCAAUUGAUAAGCUUAAGCUUCCAGCACUUAUCGAAACCGGUCUUGCUAGCUAAUAAUUGAUUAUAAAAAUUUGAUAUUCUAUCAACACACUUAUUUUUAUAGCUGUACUGCUUAUUAUUAAAAAAUAAGUAGAUAUAGUUCUGUGUAGUGAUUCAAAAUUAUAUUUUGGAUCUAUUCUACUAGGACUUUGGCCACUUGAUAAGAUUGAGUCAGAAAUAUCGAAAUAAUCUAAGGUUAUCGUGGUAACUAUACACACUGAUUUUGUUGUUAUGUUAUUGAAUCUUUACUACCUCAUUUAAUUGAGUGAGUUUUGAUUUAUUAUGUAACUAUAAGUUCUAAACAUGCCUGAUGAUUGAACCCUUAAGCAAGGUUCGAAACGCGUCGUGUGAUGCUCUCAAUCUCAAAACUCUAUUAUAAUUAAAUAUUAUUAUACUGGAUUUUGGUUAUUACGAAAUAGUUCUAAUACUUCUUCAAGUUAUUGGAGAGUUUAGAAUUCCUAUGUAAUAAUAGAUUGUAAACAUGCCUGAUGAGUCCCUUAAGCAAGGACGAAACGUCGUGUGAUGCUCUCAAUCUCAAAACUCUAUUAUAAUUAUAUAUUAAGCAAUUGAUAAUUGACCACCUUAGCUCUGGUCGAAACCGGUCUUGCUAGCUUUAUAUAUAUUCUUGAUUUGAUUUUCGAAUCAUUUCUACUUCAACACACCCAUUAAGUUGGAGAAUCUCUUUUAUCUUAUUGGAAGUUUUAUUUAUUAUAUAACUUUCUAAUAAUUUAUUAUUAUGUCUUCUAUUAGAUUUGAGAGUUCUUAUAACUCUUGACUAUAGUUGUACAUAGUAGGAGAAAAAUUUUAUAUUUUAUCAUCAUAUAUUAAGCAAUUGAUAAUUGACCACCUUAGCUCUGGUCGAAACCGGUCUUGCUAGCUUUAUAUAUACAUAUAGAUUUGAUUUUCGAAUCAUUUCUACUUCAACACACCCACACCCACACACCUACACUCACACUUACACCCAACCCAUUAGUAACCAUCGUGUAAACAAGGUGUGCAGAAAAAAAUGUAUUUCGAGCUUCGCAAUAACUUGAAUGACUUUUGUAACGACCAUUAGCAAAAAAAUUGACGUUAGCCUUAUCGAGUUGUAGGUAUCAGGGUGCAUUAUUCUCUACUUCCGACUUACAAUUCGAUAGUAAUUAUUUUUUUCAAUCAAAUGAAAGAGGUGGUUAUUAAAUAUAGAUUGUUGCUCAUUAAAGGUAGAUAUUAUAUAUAGAUGGGGGUGAAACACAGUAUUCUAUCACAAUUUUUUGUGCAGUAAUUAUCUGUGAAAAAAUCAUGAUUUUCGAUUAGUUGUAAACAAAUAAUUAUUUUUGCGCAUAGACUAAUUCCGUUUUUUGAGUAAUAUAUAUACCAGCAAUAUUUUCAUUCAACAAAUAGAACUAUUUUAUCAAUAGCAAAGAAGUAAGUAUAAGAAUAUCUAUAGAAACACUUUCUAUAUAAAAGACAAUACAUUUUUUUUAGUUUGUAAAAUGAAGCAAUCAAUUUCAUGGAUAAUUGCUUUGUCAAUAGUAUAUGCUGUUCGUUGUCAACAACAAACAAUAGUUGAUACAUCAACACAAGCAAGUUGUACUGAAACACCAAUACAAAAUCCAAGUCGUGAAAAUCGUUGGGCUCAAGCUGGUCUUGAUACAAAUGUUGAUAUAUAUUUAAAAUGUGGUGAUAUAAUUGCAUUCAAAUUAGAAUGGUUUCCAGUUGGAAGUGAAAAAUGGUCUGAUUGGUUUGUUGUAGGUGUUAAUGAUGUUGAUAUAAAAAGUGAUGGCCCAUCAUUAAGAUUAAAACGUUGGUGGAGUUAUUUUGCUGAUCAUCGUCAUAAAUAUAUUAUAUGUACACAAAACAACUUCAAAGGUUGUUCAUGUUAA